UGUAGUUAGUGAUAAAAAGAGAUGGGAUUCUGCAAUAAAUUAGAUGGUCGGCAAGUGGUUAAUUAAAAUUUGCAUUUGUCAUGUAAAUUUUCCAUUCUUCCAAAAAACAAACAAUACCAAAAAUGGCGACAAAAUUUUACCCCAAUUUUAUGAUUUUAUUUAUUGCACUUCUGCACAUUGGAAUUAAUUUAGCAUUAAAAUGUUACAUUUGUGGAGGGAAUGCAGACAUUACAUGUGACAAUUUUGAUCCAAGUAACACAACUUUCAUAAAAGAAUGCAACAAAAACCUUAAGUCAUGUAAUAGAAAAACAAUAGGAAUGUCUGUAAAAAGAACCUGUGAAAAAUUAAAACUUAAUGACUGUCAGACAGCAAAUAAUGUCGAAUAUUGCUAUUGUACCAAAGAUCUUUGUAACGGAGACAAAUUGCUUGAAACCACAGAUGAUGAAGAUAUUUUAGAAGGUAGUGGAGUUGAUACAAACUCGAUAAACAAUGUUAUUGCAACAAUGAAACCAAAAACAAGCCAAGCCAGUAUUAAGGAAAUAAGCUAUAUUUUUUAUAUAACAAUUAUUUACGUAAACAGUAUUGUCUAUAUUUAUAUGUAACAUAUUUACUUUACACUGCCAAAGAUACUUCUUGGAAGAAUAUGUUUUAUCUACCAAGACAAUUUUGUAUACAAUUUUAUUAUACAAGGUGC